UUUGUUUCCACUGCAGAACUCAAGAAAAUAUCGUCAGUCACAGAAAGAAAUCUAGAGAAUGUUUGGAAAAGCAAGCGCAAAAAAUGAUGAAGUUAUCGAAUCAAAAAUUUUCGGAAGUGGAUGUGGGGGCCACUGUACGUGUUCCUGUACCUGAUGUUGACAGAGCACGUGGAUCGCCACGAAAUGUGCUAGCGGUGAUCACUCACGUUGAGGAUAAUCUGUACAAGCUUUGUACAGAAAGCGGUGUCUUAAAAUCCAAGUACACCAGAUCCCAGUUCAAUCCUUGUAAAGAAAAACUUCUCGAUAAAGACCAACUUUUGCACGGAGCCACAGAAAAGGAAAUCACAUUGCGUGAAGCUGCUGCUUGCGCUAGUCCCUCUGGUUCUCAGGGAUACCAACGAUGUCAGUGCAAAACCAAAUGCAAGACCAAGAAAUGUUUAUGUAAAUCGACAGGAAUAUUAUGUAAUUCAAAAUGCCAUGGAAGCCUGCCUUGUGAGAAUAAAGCAGACAAUUAGCA